UUAUUGUUACUCAUUUUCUAUUUUUUCUUACAGCUUCACCCCAUUUUCCUUCUCCCAAAUGGAAGCAUCUUCUGUUUUCUGCUGAAUCCUGUGUUUGCUGCUUGUGGGAAUCAGCAUCACAUUUGAAUAUUUCUCUCUCUCUCUCUCUCUCUCUCUCAAUGGGAAAUGUGAAUGAGAGAGAAGAGAUGAAUGGAACUCACACAGGUGCAGAAGAAGAAGAGCAAGAAGGUGCUGAGAGUGUUGUGAGUGAUGGAGCUGCCAACCUUCCCUCUUCUGAUUUAAUGGGUCACUCCCCACCUGCUAGCCCUAGAGCCACUCAUUCUCCAUUGAUGUUCACUCCUCAAGUCCCGGUGGUUCCACUUCAAAGACCUGAUGAGAUGCAAGUUCCAAGUCCUUCCUGGAUGCAAACUACUUCAGGGUAUGAAGAUGUGGACAGUGAACUUGGUAUUCCAACAAUGAUUACUUGGAUUUAUGAUGGCAAAGAAGUAGCUGUGGAGGGAUCAUGGGAUAAUUGGAAAACAAGAAUGCCUUUGCAGAGAUCGGGAAAGGACUUCACAAUUAUGAAGGUACUACCUUCCGGUGUUUAUCAAUUCAGAUUUAUUGUGGAUGGACAGUGGAGGUAUGCACCUGACUUGCCUUGGGCUCAAGAUGAUGCUGGGAUUACUUACAAUGUUUUAGACUUACAGGAUUAUGUUCCUGAAGACAUUGGAAGCAUUUCUGGUUUUGAACCUCCUAAAUCACCAGACUCUAGUUAUAACAACUUACAACUUAGUUCCGAAGAUUACGCGAAGGAACCGCCAUUGGUUCCUCCAUUCUUGCAAAUGACACUUCUUAAUGUUCCUUCAACAAAUAUGGAAAUCCAACCUCCUAUAUCAAGACCUCAGCAUGUAGUGCUCAAUCAUCUGUACAUGCAGAAAGGAAAGGGCAGCCCUUCAGUAGUUGCGCUCGGUACAACUCAUCGGUUUCUCGCCAAAUAUGUCACUGUAGUGCUGUACAAGUCUUUGCAGAGGUAGACAUAAAAUGAAAAGCUUUGUGGUGUAGCCUUUUGAAGCCUUUUUAUGAGUUAAUAUAGCUUCCUGUAGUACAGUUAUAAGGGAGAGAAAUUGUGAGCUC